UAAUAAUAGCAGUGUAAAAUUGUGUGGGUUUCAAAGGAUUUUCUUGAGAUUUUUUGUUAAACCAAAUUCAAAAUGACUUUGCUCGCUUUACAAACUGAAGAGACAGCUUUUGAUAAAUAUUUAAAGGAGAUGACCCGCACCUCUCCAUUCUCUCGGCGCGAUGCCUCGUAUUUGGAGCCUCAGCCGGUAGUCGGUUCCCGGCACGGAGGGGCAGACGCCCUUUUGGCGGCCGUGGAGCCCGUUCUCAUCGACCUUCAGGCUCCGGUCAGCAUGCCGCCACUGGCCAUCGUUUCGCCGCCACUGAGGGAAAUUUAUUGCAGGCGCAGGACCAAGCGUAGAAAACCAAAAUACGAAGAUAAAGAAGUCCAGUAUGCAAAACCACGUCCAAAACAGGACAACAGUUCUGAAGAUUCCUCUUCCUUACCUAUACACGAUAGAUAUGAACUCGAAACCAUUUUACCGCCAAGACAUGUCAGGCUCGAUACUAUCCGGAGCGCCUCUCGCCGCGACGUGACAACCGGAACGUCUCUUCAAGGCUGCUCCGGGCUCUCUACCGGAGCAGGUUCGGCAGCCGGAAUACCUCUUGCUCCCGGAGCAGUUUCACCUCCGAUUUGGGACGAAGACAAACACAGCGAAUAUGUCGCCGAAAAAGUUUCCAAAUCUUUCGAAGCAGUCAACGCCCUUUUUGAUAGGAACAAUAAAACUGCGAGGCCUUAUGCUGUUACGAAGAAGUUUGAGAACUUUGAUGAGGCUGCUGCAGGAGACGAGGUUGAAAAAGCCCAAGGAGACGACAAUCGUGAACCCGGUGAUCUUGAUCCUGCUUCGCAAAAACAAGCUCUGAUAUCACCUCUUCGUACUGCUGCAGAACUGAUGAAGUUUUUAACAAAACGUAUAAUUGCUCCAGAAACCGAGAUCAAAUUCGAAAGCGCGCUGAAGGAAUCGUCAAAUGUACCUGUAACCAACAAAAACGACCAAGAAACCAGUCCUUCGCCUCCAAGACCAUCCCGUCUACCUCCGAAAUUUUCUUCAGAACGUUGGAGGACCAAUAGCAAUAGUGUUGCACCAAGUCCACGCCGAAGAAAUCAUAGUAACACCACCAAUUUGUCUUUAACAUCACACAACCAGUUGUCCACCAGAAAAGUUGCAGAGAAUCAUUUGCAAGUCGUUGGAAAUAGUGCUCCUAAAUUACCAGUUCAACGAACCAAACAGUAUUUGAUCAAUGAACAAGGGAUGCGUGAAGUGAUUCCAAGAACAGUCGCCAAUUCCAGAUCGUUUUUUGGAGGCUUGAAAAAAAAGUUUUUGUCAGUCGUUAAUAUAGAAGACAGCGUCGUGAGGAUUCCCGAAGAUUUCAAUUUGAAACAAGAACGUCCCAUGGUUGUUUCCAUCGACACAGACAGAAAUUUGAGAAAAGAUACCACGCAUGGUAAACAAAUGCAGGUGCAAGCUUUACCAGCAGUCGACAUCAGGAACACUCUGGUCAUCCAGUGUAUGCCAAACUUGAGCAUACCACCAACAGAAUUACCAGCACAAGGUUUGUCCAAUUUUGAUGCUGAUGGUAAAUCAGUGUCUGCUGGUAUGGACAAUGUUGGUCUGGUAAUGUUUACACACCAGGAUAGUGCUGUUAAGUGCAAGGAGAGCAAGAGCGAUGUCGAUGGACGACUUGUAAUGGAUGAUGCUAAUAGGGGAUUUGUCAAGGUUAGGCACAGCAUGCCCCAUCAAAAAGAGUUCUCUCAUCAAACCGAAUCUGCUGUUUUGAGAAAAAAUUCUCAGCAAACUCCAAAACAAGUUGAAGCAGUUACACAAACAUCUCAGACACCUUCGGAUAAAUCCCAAAAUUUGUCGCCUGAUGUAUCUACUUCAUCAUCAAGACGACGAAAACCAGAUUUGCCAUCUGAUUUGCCAAAAUCCAAGACGAGAUCUAGAAUUUUGCCAGAUUUAUCAGACUCUCAGUCACCUCGACGAAAUUUAUCCAAGGUUUUACCACCAGGAUCCAACAUAGAAUCACCAAUCCCAUCACCAUUACGUGCAACAACUGAUAUUUCAUCAGAGAUUUCGUCACAAGAUUCUAAAAGACAACAAUUUAGGAACAGAAGAAGGCACGAAAAGUUGGCUGAGAGUGAACCUGAAUUGGGCUCGUUUAAAGGAUUUAGCAGAGGCAGAAGGAUUUGCGGAGGCGCUGAUAAAAUAAAGGACUACUAUGACCACAAUUCCAAGUUGCAAAGAAGUCCUAGAAUACCUUCAAGGCGUGUCCAACGCGGUAUGUCCUUCGUAGACAAAAAUUCAUUAGACAGAGCUUGUGAUCUUACAGGGAAAGUUGCGUUGGAUCCUGAUGAAUUCGAUGUUUCUGUAAAACCUACAAAGGGAUUACUGAAGCGUCAUCGACGUGGUGGUGGUAUUGCAGAUCUGGUACGUGGUUUGGAUGCCUAUACAAAAGGGGUAGCUGGUAAAUUGGCCUGGUACGAGCAAUAUGAUCAGAAGUACUUGUUGAGCACAAAAUCAGACAACGAGGAGGUUUAUUUUAACGAAGAAGUCUUCACCAAGGAGGCUUGCACAAGUCCUGAUGCUCCACAAAUAAAACAAUUUGGAGGCAAUGUACCGAGUACACAUCAGCUCAAAACACAAAUGGAUGAUAAGGCUGUUUCAGCUGCUGAGAUACCACAAAAUACAGGUUUUGAUGCAACUACUAUGCCGAUUAUAACAGAACGCAUAGGCCAAUGCAUUUCAUCAGAAAUUGAUCAAAUUGAUGACAACCUUCAAGCUUUGCAAAAAAGAUGUGCAUCAUACAGAUCCAAGGCAGCGUUACGUCACAGGCCAUCCUUGUCAACCUUCACCACCAUCGAAGACAAAACUCCUAAAUCGCCAAUAAAUUCCGUAGAACCUCCACCAAUUUCACCACCAAUAUCAGUAAAACGCAAACCAGUGGCGUCCAACACUAUACAAGAAGAAUCCUCAGGAGUGCACGUCCAUGAAUUUAGACUUUUAUCUGAGAUCAGGCGGGAGGUUUAUGCUGGUGGUGCUGAUAAGGAUGAUAAGAAAAUUUCUAAAGAUGAUGGUAAAAAAAAGAAAGACACUGAGGGUAAAAAGAGUCAACACAGGAGACGGAAUUGUGAUGGCACAUUUAGUUGCACGAGGGACAUCAUAAUUCCUUACGGCGGUCUUUGUGCUGAAGAGUGUUCCAUUGGUUCAUCAGAUGAGAUGUUAAAUUUCGAGCUCAAUACUAAAAGUCGGAGCAAACCUGAAGUUAAUGAUAAACCACCAUCAAGGGGUGCAAGUCGUAGACAAUCCGAAGCAAGUGCCAAGUCUCCGUCCUGUAGAACUCCAUCUUGCAAAAGCCCUUCGUGCAAAUCACCUUCAGUACUAGAAGACCAAGAAGGGACAAGUUGUCCUUCGUCUCCGUCAGUCCGGUGUUAUAUGGACGACAAGAAAAUUUCUAUGGCGAGAAAAAGUAAUUAUUCUUUGGCUUCACCGGAUAGAGGUUUGAGGAAAAGCACUUUAUCUGUGACGGCUACUCCGAGGGACAGAUGCAGGGUCAGUGAUAUUUUGGAGGGCAGUUUGGAUAGUAGUAUCAGAGAUAGGGUUGUUGAAGUUGUCAGGGAUCCUUCACCUGCAAACAGUGGCUUGAACAGGAUCACAGAGUGUAGUGAGAAUGAGACGACUACUACCAAUAGGAGUGGUGAUUCAAUGUAA